AUGGGGAACGAAGCGAGCAUGGAGGGCGGCGGGCAGCCCGGAGAGCCGGGAGCCGCCGUCAUGAUGGGGUCGGCGAUGCCCGGAGGACCCGCAACAGGACCGGGGGCAGGACAGCACAUGAAGCCGGUCAACGGAACUGCUGCCGGGGGAGGGAUGGGGGUCGGAGGCCCCGGGAUGGGAAUGACCAGGGGUCCGAUGGGUCCGAUGGGAAGCCCCAAGCUCGGCAUGCAACAAGGAGGUCAUGGAGGAGGAAUGGGAGGAGGAGGUAUUGGAGGGAUGGGAGUUGGAAUGGGCGGAGGAGGAGGAAUAGGAGCCAGACCUGGCGAGCCCUACCGCCUGGCCACUCAUGACACCCCCACCACCCCGCGGCAUAUGCAGUCGAGCCAGGGGCCCGGCAUGGGGCACGGCCCGGUGUCUGGCCACGGCAUGGGUCACGGCCCAGCCGGGACCGGCAUGGGAGGCCAUGGCGGUCAGCCAAGCCCCGGGCAGCACGCCUCCCGUCGUAACCUCCAGGUCGACUUCAGCGGCUCGGGCGGCUCCAGGACAGGUCGGUCCUCCUCCGCGUCGCCUGACCGCGGCGUGACGCCGACCUCGCCCUACUCCGUGCCACAGAUCGCACCCAUGCCGAGCAGCAAGCUGUGCCCGGUGUGCAAGUCCACCGGGCUGUCCAACCCACCGGCUUUACCCAACUACAACACCUGCACCCAGUGUAAGGCCUGCGUCUGCAACCAGUGUGGAUUCAACCCCAACCCUCACCUCACUGAGGUCCAGGAGUGGCUGUGUCUGAAUUGUCAGAUGCAGAGAGCUCUUGGCAUUGAUAUGACCACGCCUCGCUCUAAGAGCCAACAGCAGAUUCACUCCCCAUCCCACCAAGCCAAGCCCAUCGUCCAGCCUCAGCAGCCCACACCUCAGCCAAUAAAGCCGGCAGCAGCAGCACAGCCCAAACCUUUGGCACAGAGUCAGCCCACCCAGCGGCAGCAGCAACAGCCCCAACAGCAGCCUCAGUCUCAGCCCUACGGCCAGACUCAACCCUACUCCCAGUCUCAGCCUUACAGCCAAAAUCAACCCUACUCCCAAAGUCAACCCUACUCCCAAUCCCAGUCUCAGCCAUACCCCCAGUCCCAGCCCUACUCCCAGCCCCAGUCCCAGCCAUACUCCCAAUCUCAGCCAUACUCCCAGCCCCAGCAGUAUCCCCAGUCUCAGCCCCAGUUGUACCCUGCAUCCAAGCCAGGACCCCAAAAUCAGCCUCAUACUUCCCCAGGAUUGCAGAGACAACCAAACCCUGGCGGCCAACAGACCCAGACUGGGUCCUUUCAGCAGGGCAUGAAGUCCGACCAGUACUCCCAGAGAGGCCCUGGAGCUCCAGGAGCUGCUGGAGGUCUCACAGGAGGCCUUAACCAGCCUGGGGGUCCAAGGAUUCCCCAUCCUGGAGCUGUGCCUCUCCCUGGCAUGACCAAGGCACCGUCACAGCCCGAUUUGGGUCACGGUUCUCCGAUGCACCAGUCUGUAGCGCGUCACCAUGACCAGACCAGGAGCGCUGGUUCAUCCCCAGCCCACAAACCUCAGAGUCAGGCCCCUCCUCCUGCCCAGGACGGCCUGACCAAACUUUUCGGCUUUGGGGCAUCGCUGCUCAAUCAGGCCAGUACCCUGAUCAAUGUUGACCCGCUAGCCGGCGCCUCCACCCAGCCAAGCCCUGCACGGGGCAAGGUGGUGUUCAGUAAUACGACUGCUGACAACAAGCAACAGCAAGGAACCCCUGCCACCAAACCAUUCAGUAUGGGGGGCCCUCAUGCGCCGAGUCAAAUGGGUGGCCCUCAUGCCCCGAGUCAAAUGGGUGGCCCUCAUGCCCCCACUCAAAUGGGUGGCCCUCAUGCCCCCACUCAAAUGGGUGGCCCUCAUGCGCCCACUCAAAUGGGUGGCCCUCAUGCCCCCAGUCAUAUGGGUGGCCCUCAUGCACCGGGUCAAAUGGGUGGCCCUCAUGCGCCGGGUCAAAUGGGUGGCCCCCAUGCACCCAGCCAAAUGGGGGGUCCUAGGAUGGGUGGACCGCAAGCACCAUCUCAGAAGCAGCAGACCACGUCGCAUCAACAUGGAAUGCCCCAACAGCAGUCGCCCGCACACCAUCAAAAAGGGCCGCAAGGACAACAGCAUCAGCAAACACCUGCUCAUCUGGAGAAAGCGCUGCAGAAGCAGGCGCCCGUGGUGGCACCCAAGCCUGCUCCAGUGCCUGAGAAGCCAAAAGUGAACUGUCCUCUUUGUAAAACGGAGCUGAACAUCGGCAGCUCCGACCCGCCCAACUACAACUCCUGUACAGUGUGUCACAGCCAAGUGUGCAACCUGUGUGGCUUCAACCCCACGCCGCAUCUGGUGGAGAAAAAGGAGUGGUUAUGUCUCAACUGCCAGACCCAGCGGCUGUUGUCCGGAGGAGGUCUGGACGAACCUCCCCUUCCUGUUCCUCACCCGUCUCCCAAGCACCUGCCAAUGGUCUCACCCCGUCACCAGGUGCCAGCCAAUCAGCAAAGCCCUCUCCACAAGGCCACCAAUCAGCAGGGGCCCAGGCCUGCCCAGCCGCAAACGCAAAAAGCGCAGGCGGGAAGUGGCGUGAGCGGACUGUUUGCUCCAGCUGCGGCUAAACAACUAACGGACACCAAGACAACGACACCUGUGUCAACCACAGAGACCCAGAAACUUCUGAAACCCACAGAGGAGAAGCCCAAACCCGAGCCUGAGAACCAAACUGACAAAGACACCAAAACCUCCCAGAAGAAAGGAGAGCCCAUCACACCGAUCAAGGAAAUGAAGAAGUCCAAGCACUAUGACGAUACAAAAAACAACAGCACCCAUGACUUGUCACGCAGCCCUCAGAGCCUCAGUGACACCGGCUACUCCUCUGAUGGCAUCUCCAGCUCCCACAGUGAAAUCACAGGUCUAAUCCAAGAAGAGGAGAUGAAGCUGAGCGAGAGGGGCAUCACUGGACGAGGCUCCCCACCGAGCCCUUCAGAAAUCACCAAGCUAGAGAGCUCCAUGAGGCCUUUGCUGGAGAAGAGCCUGUCUGAAGACAAGGGGGACAGAAGAGGGAGGAAGCACAGAGACUUGGAUGACAGAGGGAAGCAGCGCCCACGCUCCCUGUCAAUCCCACCAGAUUCAUACGACUCUGACGAGGAGUUGGAAGAUAUAAUGGAGGAGGAAGAGGACGGAGGAGAAUGGGAGGGUAAACGGAAGGAAGUGAAGGAGGAGAAGAAGGAGAAGAAAAAUAAGGAAAAGGAGGCUGAGCCCACAGAAAUGACAGAUGAAGAGUUCAUGAGGAGACAAAUAAUGGAGAUGAGCGCCGACGAAGAAAAUGAGGACGAAGAAAUGGAGGAAGAAGAUGAGGAGGAAGAUGAAGGAUAUGGCUACCAGAAACCCAAAAAGAGCCACCUUAAACAUGUCUCUGACUCAGGGAAAGAGAAAAGACGUCUUCAGCACCACUCCAGCAGUUUUGAGGAGGAAACAAAGAGCUCCUCUGAUGUCUAUAAAGGCUCAAUGGAGGAGGGUGAAGAUGAUUUGAUGGCACAAGGAGGCUUGAGGCGCUUCAAAACCAUUGAACUUAAUAACACCAGCAGCUUCAGCCGGGACAUGGAGCUGGGCAAUGACAAUGACUUGAGCCUCGAUCGGGAACCAGAGCUUGAGAUGGAAAGCCUGACAGGAUCUCCCGAAGAGCGUUCUCGGGGCGACUACUCCUCCACCGUGCCAGCGAGCUCAUCCUCAUAUGGCUCAGGCCAGUCUCCUACUUCCAUUUCAUCGAUGGAAGAGGACAGUGACAGCAGCCCCAGCAGGAGGCAAAGGCUGGAAGAGGCCAAGCAGCAGAGGAAAGCGCGCCACCGCUCCCACGGCCAACUCCUUCCCACCAUUGAAGACUCUUCGGAAGAGGAUGAGCUGAGAGAGGAAGAAGAACUUCUGAGAGAACAGGAGAAGAUGAGGGAGGUGGAACAACAGAGGAUAAGGAGCACAGCACGAAAGACCAAGAGGGAUAAGGAGGAGCUAAGGGCUCAGAGGCGCAGAGAGAGAUCCAAGACACCACCUAGCAAUCUCUCACCCAUUGAAGAUGCUUCUCCAACCGAAGAGCUGAGACAGGCGGCAGAAAUGGAAGAGCUCCAUCGUUCAUCUGCUUCAGAAUAUUCCCCUCAGAGUCUGGACUCAGAGGCUGAGGGGUACGAGUCAAAACUUUACAAGUCAGGCAGCGAAUAUAACCUGCCUACCUUUAUGUCUCUCUACUCACCAGUAGAAAAAGCAUCAACUACAACGACCACCACAGCACCAUCUUCUACUUCCAAACCACUCAAGAGUGCCGAGGAGGUUUAUGAGGAGAUGAUGAGGAAGGCAGAGAUGCUUCAGAAACAACAGAAGCAACAGCAACAACCAGCAAGACAUGGGCAGUGCUAUGAAGAGGAUGUUAAUGGACAAGGUUAUGAGGAGGAGUAUGAAUAUGAACAAGAUCAAUCAUAUGACAACGAGGCAGCGGAGACAGAGACAGAUAUUUAUGAAGAGAUCAGGCAAACAUCUCAAAACAUUACCAAGAUGCAGCAGGCCACUGAUGAGCAAGUAGAGAUCGAGAUUGAGAGCUCCUACCCGGACAAGCAGCUCCUUGACACAGGCUCAGCCUUUGCUAAGCUUCUUGAGCAAAGCAAUGCUCUGCUAACUCCGGGUACAAGCCCCACCCAGGUGUCAGCUCCUGUCUCCUUUGCUGAGACUGGAGGACGAAUUCCUGAUGUCCGAGUAACACAGCACUUCUCUGCAAAGGAUGGUCACAAAGAAAGGAUCAAAAGCCAAGCAGGAAAGAAUGGAAUUACUCCAGCAGUGGCUGCCACCACUAUUGCCGCUUAUGGAGUUUAUGCCAGAGAUGCAGUAACAAUUUCUCAGACCAGUACAAGUUGCACCAUGACGACUACUCAGUCAAGUAUGUAUAGCCGACAAACGGCAAGUCCUGCCACAUCUUCAACUACAGUCUCAAGUGUAUGCAGCAAGAUUGCAGAGAUUACCCAGGCAUACAGUCAAAGGGAAGUGAUCACCAGAAGGGUAGGGGAGACCAGGGAUGUCCAAGUGCGAGACAGCUCUACAUCUUCCACUGAGAGAAUCAUUGAGCCACGUUCUCCCAAGUAUACUACUUAUUACAGGAGCACCAGUCCUCCUCUUUCUCCAUCACCCCCAACAAUGAGUCCCACCCAUUCACCUUCCAGAAGGAAUACUGCUGAAUUUUCGACACAGACUUUCAGUUCAGCAUUACGAAGGUCUGAGUCAGCUGGCGCUGGGCCUACGUCUCCAGUGACUGCUCAGGGAACCCAAACAUCAAAUCGAUCAGUGUCCCCACGGCUCUAUCACCAACAGUCUUCCCAGGAUACCCCAUACUCCCCACCUCCAAGCCCAGCUAGGCCAAUGACAGUCAACACUGCUACUUCUCCCCUGUCUUCGCCCACCCGAUUUAGUCGCCAAUCAACAUUUGACAAUUUCUCCCCAUGUAACAGCCCUCCAGAUACGCCACCUUACCACCAGUCUCCCACACGUAGUUUCUGCACAACACAAAGAGUGGAAAAAGUCAAUGUUGGAACUAGUAUGGUCACCACAGCCAACCAUUACUCAAGAGGAUCCAUGUCAAUGGACAACAUCUCCCUCUGUCGAAUAUCUACAGUGCCAGGCACUUCUAGGGUAGAGCAGGGUCAUAUGAUCCAAGGUGGGAGUGUUGUGGACCUCAGAACAGCCACAAAACCAGCUCCUAUUAUCAUGACUGACCAGGGAAUGGAUCUCACUUCAUUGGCCACCGAAAGCAGAAAAUAUCACGGUGGAUCAGAGGGUAGCAGGCAUUCAACAAUUGUACAGCCCAUGAUUAUGAACCUGAACACCCAGGAGAUCAUCACUCCAACAACUGUGAGUGUCACUGUGGCUGCCUCCAUGUUCAUGACCCAGCCUAAACAGCCAUCAGUCUAUGGUGAUCCACAUCACAACCAAGUGGAUCUUGGUCAGGGCAUGGGUACUGCUAUGUGUCUUUCCCAGAACAAACCACUAAUGUCCCCUCCAACUGACCCAGCAAUACCAAAAAUUGAUGCCAAACUGGAAGACCUCAGUAUCCAACAGAAAGAGCUACAAAUACAGCAGGAGAAGCUGCAGAUGCAACAACAGAUCCUUGAACAGCAAUUGCAUCAGCAUCACCAGAUGCAACAUCAGCAGCAAACGGCAUCUGCUUUGGCGAGGUACAGCCUUACCGGACAGAUCUCACCUUUAUUGAAAAAAGACUUGCUAGUCAGUCAGACUAGCGCUGCCUCAGCUGUGGUCAGUGCUGUAACACCAAUAAUUAAUCCUGAGCUGUAUGGCGCAGGUCCUGUUGAGCUGAAAGGAAGGCCCAGUCCUCCUGGUGUGAUAUCAGGAGCUAAAUCUCCACAUAGCAUGGUAGUACAGAUGGACGUAGGGCCAGAGCAGGCGAGGGCUGUGACUCAGCUAGUGAAGGUAGAAGAAGGACAGGAUGCUAUGGAUUUGACAGAAGGCCAAUUUAAACCUGACAACCAACCAGCUUGCUGUGAUGUUGUGUACCGACUUCCAUUUGGUGGAAGCUGUGUUGGUGGCGAGACAGAGGGCAUAAGGCCUCCAUCUGCCCCUCCUCUUACCUAUGAGUCUGAUCAAGAAAGACAAUCCGGAGGGUACCUUGAUUAUCCAAUGGAUGAACGUAAGGCCUACACAUUACCAUUCCCCGGAAGGCUCCAGCCUUCGAUGUCUGAUACAAACCUUGCUGAAGCUGGGCUACAGUCCUACCACUCCAAACUAGAACCACACAUCCAAACUUCAGCAGAACUUGCUAUGGAUCUAACUGCUAUGAAACAAGGUUAUGGAGGGUUCAUAGGGUUGCAAUAUGGCUCCUAUACAGAUUUACGCCAUGGAGGAGACAUCACAGCCCAAGCACUGCCUAUAAGGAGAUAUAAUUCCUUGUCUAACAUCAGUUCAGACUAUGGCUACUCUGCUCGUGACAUUGCUGGCUUCCAAGAAGCUAACUUGGCUCAGUACAGUGCUACAACUGCCAGGGAGAUCAGCCGUAUGUGUGCAGCACUCAAUACCAUAGAUCGAUAUGGAAGCAACCCAGACUUGAUGCAGUUUGGUAGUUUGGGGAGAGGAACUGGGCCUGGGGCUGCCAGGCUCGCAGCAAGUCUUGGCAUCAGGCCAAACCUUCUUUUUGGAACAGACGGGAAGCCAAUUUCCCACAGUCAAGCACUAACCAACCUUAUCAAUGCCAGGCAGGCUAGUCUCAGGGCUAUGUACCCUACUGCUAUAAGGUCCUCUGAUGGGAUGAUUUACUCCACCAUUCAGACCCCCAUUGCUUCUACACUUCCCAUUACAACUCAGCCUGCCUCUGUUCUUCACCCAAUACUGAGGGGGGUCUACAGGGCAUACCCCUCUGCCAACAUGACACCUGUGCCCCUAUCCAGUCUCAGCAGACUACCAAUGAGCCCCAGAGUACCCUUAACCGGACAAGCUCCAGUCCGUUACCCAGCUCCAGGUCUUCUCCAAACAACGUCAAUCGCUGCCACUACUGCUGGUAUUGCACCAGUAGGUGCCCCAGUGUAUGUUUCUUUGACAACGACAAGCUCUACAGUCCAGGAUGAACCAGUUUACCUCGGUAGAGGUGCACCCUCAUCAACAGAGGUCACCUCAGUACAAGGAGUUGUCAUACCAAUAGAGCCACAGCAGCAGCCUAUAAACCUGUCCCAGGCCCACCUGAACAGUCAACAACAACAACAGCAACAAGUGGCAACUGCUCAACAGCAUCCUCCAGGAGCCUAUGCCUACCCACCCUCUGCUCCUUCACACAGUCACGGCUACAGCCAACCUCCAGCGGGCCCCUCUGCCCCCACUGGUGGCUUACCCAUUGCAGGGGGUCUUCCUUCCUUCCCUCCACCAGGUGCCGUACAUAAGGAGGGUGAAUCCGAGGCAGAGAGGCUGCAUCGGCAGCAGGAGCAGCUUCUGCAGAUGGAGAGGGAGCGCGUUGAGCUGGAGAAAUUACGACAAUUGCGCCUGCAGGACGAGCUGGACCGAGAAAAGAUGGAGCUGAAGCUGCACAGGGAGAAGGAGCAGAUGCUGGUGCAGAGAGAGUUAAACGAACUGCAGAACAUCAAGGACCAGGUUCUACAGCAACAGCAACAGGAACGCGAGAAACAACUGGUUCUCCAGAGGGAGCAGCUGGCCCAGCAGAAGUCCCAGCUAGACCAGAUCCAGUCUUUACAGCAUCAGCUCCAGCAACAGCUUGUAGAGCAGAAGAGGCAGAAAACAGCUUUAGCUCAGAGCAUGCAGUUGGAUGUGAAUGAACAGCCUUUGCCCUCCUUCACCGACUCUCAGGCGGGCUACCGUUCUCUCCCCAACUCCUCGUCCGAUAUGUGUCUGAGGAGCCAGCAGGAGCCCAUGGAGACCAGGAGCAACAUGAGGAAACACAGCUCCAUGACCAGGCUGAGUAGAGACAGCUUGGACGCAGAGGGCGUGGUGUUUUACGGCUCCCCCCGCAGGAAUGUGGACAGCUGUGUACAGACAGACGAGGAAGAUGGGGAGGAGAGGUACAUGAUGCGCCAUCGCACCAGAAGGCGUGGUCGCAGCGUUGACUGCUCCGUCCAGACAGACGAUGACGAGGACAAGGAGACGGAACACCCAGUUCGCCGAAGACGUUCCCGUUUCUCCCGGCACGCUGAGUCCAAUGCCACUGGCAGCAGCACUUCCGCCACAUCCACCGCAGCCACUGACACCAAGACAGACUCUCACAAGAUGGUUUCUUCCAGUAUCGCCAUCCAGACCAUCAGGGAAAUGUCUUGCCAGACAGAAGUGGAGCACCUAGGAAGAGUCUCCCCAGCAAUCCAUGUGACAGUACCAGACCCGAAUAAGGUAGAGAUUGUGCAUUACAUCUCAGGACCUGAGCGGACCAACAAAGGACAGUCUCUAGCAUGUCAGACUGACCCGGAAGCCCAGUCACAGGGUGUUGUAGCCCCUCAGCUCAGUGUACCAACCACAGUCAGUCCAUAUUCUUCCUCUACCAGUACUGGAACUCAACAAUCUGGCUCUGCGGACCUCCUGAGCCAGCAGCGGCAGCAGCAACACAUCGCAGCAAACGCAGCCAAGUUUGAGCGACGCCGCCCAGAUCCACUCGACAUCAACUACCAGCCUCACAACCACAUCCACAACGAGUCUAUCUCCAGCAUCAUCCGGCAGCAGCAGACGGCUCCCAAAUCCCCUCAAGUCCUGUACUCUCCUGUCUCCCCGGUGUCCCCUCACCGCCUGCUGGAGAAUUCUCUGUCCAGCGAGAGGCUGAACAAGGCCCACGUCACACCUCAGCAGAAGUCAUACACAGCUGAGUCCCCGCAGAGACACCCCUCUGUGCCCAGACCCAUCAAGAGCACCCAGAGGUCCAUGUCAGACCCCAAGUCCCUCAGCCCCACCUCAGAUGAUCACACCAAGGCAAGGCUGUCCCUCUACCAGCAGCAAGUACUCCAGAGCCAGCUGGCUGCCCUACAGCAGAGCUCACUGCUCCGUAAGGUCAAGCGAACCCUGCCCAGCCCUCCUCCGGACGAGACAACAACAUCAGCUCAUCUGCCCAUGAUGGCACCUGCCCUCCAACAGGUCUACUUGCCCUCCGUGCCCAGCCACAAGCCCGCCACCAGGUCUGGCCUGGCUGCCAAAGCGAGCCUCCUCAAAGACCUCACCCACGAGCUGAAGGCUGUGGAGCAAGAGUCGACAAAGCUGAGAAAGCAGCAAGCUGAACUGGAAGAGGAAGAGAAAGAAAUUGAUGCUAAACUGAGAUACCUCGAGCUGGGGAUCCACCAAAGGAAAGAGACUCUAGUAAAGGAGAGGGAGAGGAGGGAUAUUGCCUACCUGAGAUGUAUGGGCGACAGUAGGGACUACAUGUCUGACAGUGAGUUGAAUAACCUACGUUUAGCAGCUGCAGCUGCAUCACAUGAGACCAAUGGGCUUCUGGCAGUGAGGCCUAGCACUGCUCCUAUGAGUCAGUUCACCAGUGACCUGAACACAGCAGCCCAGUACCCACCCUCCUCAUCCUUCCUCUCCUGUCAGUACCCCCAGAGCCAACCCGCACCACCAAUUCAACAAUCAAGUGUGCCGUACCAGCCCACAACAUUCAACCAGCCUCCCUACCCAACAGUGUCUCAGUCCCAGGCACUGCCACAGCCAACACCCCUUCAGAGCCAUGUCCCCCCUCCAGGACCUUCUUACCAGUCUCAACCUUCCUACCCUUCCCACACUUAUCCCCCAACUCAGCCCCCAUACCCCCAGACAGACAUGGGGUUACCAGCUGCACCUCAGCCUCAACCCCAGCCCGGGCAUACUGGUUUUGGGCCUGCACCGCCUGGUCAGCCCCCAUACCCCACCCACAGCUCACCCUAUCCCAGCGCUGUGUCCUCCUACCCCAGCCAAACCACCCCAUACCCUGGGCAGCCCCAAGUUGAUAUUCUGACAGUACACCCGGGAAGACCAAGGCAGACUUCGCUGGCCGAUCUGGAGCACAAGAUGCCAACCAACUAUGAGACAAUCAGCAACCCCACAGUCGUGGUCACCACCAUGGCUCAGGAAGCUAUCUAUUCCAGUUCAGCCCCCUCUUAUGGUCAGUACACUGGCUCCACAACCAUGGCCAGCUCCUAUGGGCCCUAUGGCUCAGCACCAGUGUCCAGCAGCUAUGGUGGGUACCAAUCAAUGCCAUCCAGCACUUAUGGCCAGUAUACUUCAACCUCAGCUAAUUCGUAUGGCCAGUACACCACAACCAAUGCUAAUACUUAUGGCUACACCGCCACCACAGCAAGCUCUUACGGACAGUACACCUCUACGGUUUCCAAUGCCUAUGGGCACCCUGUAGAUAGUCCUUCCACGUACAAUCAUGCUGAUGGAAUGUACGGAGCUCCUGGCUUAGAGCAGAAUGUCCCAAGGAACUACAUGAUGAUUGACGACGUAAGCGAGCUGACGGCAAAAGACGGGCUGGGCACGACGACAGGGGACAUGAUGCAUCAUGGCGGCAGUGGGCGUUAUCCAGGCGACAUCCACGGCCACAGCAGCACCAUUGGCAGCACGACGCGUGGCAGCUCCUCGUACGGCAGGACACCCGAAGAGGAAGCGGCGAUGCAGGAAGAGCUGUACGACCAACACGGCAGGGGUAAGAGCAGCUACAGGCACGGACCUCUAGGGGGCAGCAGCAGCAGCGUGAGCGCUAGCAUGGGUGGGGGAUCCUCCUAUUACUAUGACUUCGACUACAAAAAUGGCGGCAUCCGCUCCGGGGUACAGAAACCUUCACCAUCCUCCAGAACCCUUCUGGCUCCUGCUGUCAUGUCUUCCAAGCGCAGCAAGCACAGGAAACUGGGGAGUAUAGAGCAAAAGAUCUCCAAGUUCUCCCCAAUUGAAGAGGCUCGGGAUGUGGAGGCAGACCUGGCCUCCUAUUCCUCAGCAACAGGUGAGGCUUACCCCUCCUCUCACAUUCGAGGGCGCCAGCUGAUUGAGGAUUACGGAUUCAAGAGGAAUGCUCAAGACAGCCUCAGUGGAGCCUCUCAUGGUAGUCGACACUAUGGUUUGACAGAGGAGGAUGAUAGGAUUUACUACACCUCCACAGGCCGCUCCCGUUCCACCGGCUAUGGCAUGGACAAGAUCUCAGCCAGAGACUACUCCGGGUAUCGCAGCCGAUCCUAUGAGAGGGACGACCGCUCCUACCAAUCUGGUUACAGCCGGGGGCGCCACCCAACCCGGCAGGUCACUGAAGAGGAGAGCCCCCUCAGUCCCCUUGGGAGGUUCAUGCGUUCUGGGCGAUCAUCGAGCUUAGGUCCCGACCCGUACGACAGUCGGAGCAGUAGAGAUCAGUACUAUGACGGCCAGUAUGGUUCGAGCCACUCGCUGCCAGACGUACAAGACCACAUACGGGACCUCCCUCGGACGCAUGUCUACAAAGCGGAUGAUACGUACAUUAUAGAUGAUUAUCAUUGCGCUGUGUCAGACAGCGAAGCCUACCAUCUGGGACAAGAAGAAACUGACUGGUUUGAGAAGCCCCGCGCCAGUUCUCGACACUACGGCAGCAGCCACUCGACUGGGAGGACCCGGCACGGUGUCAAACACACCUACCAUGAUUACGACGAGCCUCCUGAGGAGGACCUGUGGCCCCAAGAUGAGUAUGGCCACGGAGGUCGACACUCUACGUCCCGUGACCAUCGUCAACAUGGCAGCUCUAGCCGACACUCAUCCGGGUCACGUCAACCAGAUGAGCCGAGGGCCUCAAGGUCAUCUAAAGGGCACCCCAAAGACCCGUCGAUGCGCCAAGACCCUUCAGUACGAUCCUCAUCUACAGGACGGCGUGGAGAGUCAAGGUCAGCAGGGUACCAGUCUUCGGACUACUCCCGAGACCCAGCUGGGCCCCACCACGGACAACGCUCCUCAAGACAGGGGGACCCGCACCGUUCCUCACGCAGCAAAUCCCAGCCGCCAGGGGACAUGCAGGGCCAACCAGGCUCCUCCAGGUCUGGCAGCAGCUCUCGGGGUCAGGGCUCCUCUGGGGGCCCUACGGGAUCAGGGCGCCAGGGUGGUCCGGGUUUGCAGACAGACGGAGCUCCAGGACAAAGGACCCAGCUCCAACAACAAGCCCAGACAUCAGCGACAAGGCCAGGACAGCCCAGCGCCGCAUCGACCAUGGGCCCUCAGCAGCAGCCCCCAGCCCAGGGACAAGGCAUGGGCAUGGGCAUGGGGCCGGGCCAGGCCAAGCCGGGACAGAUGGGACCAGCUGGUGGACCCAUGGGGCAGGCCAGGCAGACCGGACCCGCAGGAACCACGCCGGCAAACAUGGCCAAGAUCGACACGCCUCCAGUAACAGCGAUUGGAGCAAAGGCAGCGCCCGUCAUUGCCGCAAAAGCUGCCCUGCCCCCCCUCACAGGCAUAGGCUCCAAGGCAGCUCCUAGGCCAGGAGGUAUUGGCAGUGCAGCAGCAGGAGUGCCUGGUAUGGAGGGAGACGGCAUGUUGUCCAAGAUCCUCCCUGGAAACGCCGCUGAGCAGGCCGGCAAACUGGGAGAUGCUAUAACCGGUUUGGGCAAGAAACUCACCUCUUUCUUCUGAGGUGCUUAUAUUAAGGACUAUGUAAAUGUGAAAUGACAGCUACGAGGCCCUGUACCAGACAAACCUGUGGCAUUUCCCCUGCUUUUAAUUUACUAAAAAAGAGAAAGAUGAUGAAGAGAGAAG